AUGUUCUUUCUUUUUUCUUUCUUUCUUUCAUUUUCUUUUCUUUCUUUCUUUCAUUCACUCAUUCAUUUUCUUUUCUUUCUUUCUUUUCUUUCAUUCACUCAUUCAUUUUCUUUUAUGUCUUUCUUUCUUUCACUCAUUCAUUUUUUCUUUCUUUCGUUCAUUCAUUUUCUUUUCUUUCAUUCAUUCAUUCAUUUUCUUUUCUUUCCUUCUUUCACUCAUUCAUUUUCUUUUCUUUCCUUCUUUCACUCAUUCAUUUUUUCUUUCUUUCUUUCUUUCACUCAUUCAUUUUUUCUUUCUUUCUUUCUUUCUUUCUUUCUUUCUUUUCUUUCUUUCAUUCACUCAUUCAUUUUCUUUUCUUUUCUUCAUUCACUCAUUCAUUUUCUUUUCUUUCCUUUUUUCACUCAUUCAUUUUCUUUUCUUUCUUUCUUUCUUUCUUUCUUUUCUUUCUUUCAUUCACUCAUUCAUUUUCUUUUCUUUCUUUCUUUUCUUUCAUUCACUCAUUCAUUUUCUUUUAUGUCUUUCUUUCUUUCACUCAUUCAUUUUUUCUUUCUUUCUUUCUUUCUUUCUUUCUUUCUUUCUUUUCUUUCUUUCAUUCACUCAUUCAUUUUCUUUUCUUUUCUUUAUUCACUCAUUCAUUUUCUUUUCUUUCCUUUUUCACUCAUUCAUUUUCUUUUCUUUCUUUCUUUCUUUCUUUCUUUUCUUUCUUUCAUUCACUCAUUCAUUUUCUUUUAUGUCUUUCUAUCUUUCACUCAUUCAUUUUUUCUUUCUUUCUUUCUUUCGUUCAUUCAUUUUCUUUUUUUCUUUCAUUCACUCAUUCAUUUUCUUUUCUUUCAUUCAUUCAUUCAUUCAUUUUCUUUUCUUUCCUUUUUUCACUCAUUCAUUUUCUUUUCUUUCUUUCUUUCUUUCACUCAUUCAUUUUUUUCUUUCUUUCUUUCAUUCAUUCAUUUUCUUUUCUUUUCUUCAUUCACUCAUUCAUUUUCUUUUCUUUCCUUCUUUCACUCAUUCAUUUUCUUUUCUUUCUUUCUUUCACUCAUUCAUUUUUUUCUUUCUUUCAUUCAUUCAUUCAUUUUCUCACUGAAACUAUGUAGCAGCAUUUGUUAA